AUGAGAGCAUGAGUGUGUGUGUGUGUGUGUGUGUGUUGUUGGUAAAGGAUUAAGGAUUAAUUGCCUUCAGAGAUAGACUUAACUGCUUGCUACAUGAACUUUGUAAAGUUCUCACUUGGCCCCAGAGAGGAAAGCAACACUGUAUAGUGAGGAGCAGAGGAAAGGUCUCUCUUGUUUACCAUUCUUCAGAAGUGUGUGUUUCUUUUUUUGGUUUGUUUGUUUGUUUGUUUUUGUCUGGAGUGUACUGCCACCAGAGGGUGAGUUGAUACAGCCAGCAACUGAAGGAGGAGACCUGAGAAUGACAGAGACCAACCCCCCCAAGUCGGCUAAGAAGCCCCGCUGGACCUCCUUGGAGAUCGGCCUCAUUACUAUCGUCUCCUUACUCUUCGUCGUCAUCGUCGCCCUCAUCAUCCUCUUUGCCACUCAGAAGACUGAUGAAAUCUGCACCACAGCCGACUGCACGCAGUCAGCAUCUCGUCUCAUUGAGAACAUGGAUGCUAGCGUGGACCCUUGUGAAAACUUCUACCAGUACGCCUGUGGAGGCUGGCUGAAAAAGAACAUCAUCCCUGAAACCAGCUCUAGAUACAGCACCUUUGACAUCUUACGAGACGAACUGGAGGUCAUUCUCAAAGGUGUCCUUGAAAAAACAGUGGAGGGGGAAGCCGCUGCUCUCACUAAGGCUAAGACCCUUUACAAGUCCUGCACCAAUGAGAGUUUAAUUGAGCACAGAGGUGGGGCUCCUCUGCUUGACAUGCUACCAGAUGUGUUUGAGUGGCCCAUAGCUGUGGACAACUGGGAGACCAUUUAUGGCAAAUCGUGGAGGUUGGAGGACGUCAUCGCCAAGCUGAACGAGAAAUACGGAACCCAACUCUUGGUUAACUUUUUUGUUGGCACAGAUGACAGGGACUCCAAUUCGCACAUCAUUCAUUUUGACCAGCAGACAAGCCUUGGCCUCUUGUCCAGAGAUUACUACACGUGCACCGGACCCUAUGCAGAGGCGUGUCGGGCAUACGAGCAGUUUAUGUUUGACCUGGCUAAGCUGAUCCGCACUGAUCGAGGAUUGGCCAUCAAUGAAACUCGCAUCAGAGAGGAGGUGGCACGAGUUAUGGACCUGGAGAGGGACAUCGCCAAUGCUACUGAUACUCCAGAGGACCGUAACAACCCGGUGUUGCUUUACAACAAGAUGGAACUGGGUGACCUUAAUGCUAACUUCACCCUUGAGGUUGAAUUGCAGACAUUUGACUGGACUUACUUCACGGCUAAGAUAAUGGAUACAGUCAACAUCAGCGUUCCUGACACCGAGAAGAUUAUAAACUACUCCCCCAACUAUUACAGAAGACUCAACCUCAUCCUGUCCAGAUACACCAAGAGGGAUCUGCAGAAUUACAUGGUGUGGCGUUUUGCUAUGAACAUGGUGGUGGGCCUGAGCAGAGCUUACAGGGACACCAGGAAAGCCUUCCGCAAGGCUCUGUCUGGGACAACGUCAGAGGCAGCAGUGUGGCGACAAUGUGCGCUUUACGUCAACAAUAACUUGGACAAUGCUGUAGGACGACUAUAUGUGCAGGAGGCCUUCUCUGAAAAGAGCAAAGAACUGAUGGAGGAGAUGAUAAAAGACAUACGAGAAGUGUUCAUUAGUACCCUCGAUGAUCUGACCUGGAUGGAUGCACAGACCAAGAGAGCAGCUGAGGAGAAGGCCCGAGCUAUUCGGGAGCGGAUCGGCUACUCUGACAAUAUCAUGGAUGAUGAAUACCUUAACAACGAGUACAAAGAUCUGGCCUACAGUGCAGAGGAGUACUUUGAAAACAUCUUACAGAACCUGGAGUAUGUGCAGAAGAAACGCCUGCGGAAACUCAGAGUCAAAGUCAACAAAGAGGAGUGGGUAACUGGAGCAGCUGUUGUCAAUGCCUUCUACUCAUCCAGCAAAAACCAAAUAGUGUUCCCUGCAGGUAUCCUCCAGCCGCCUUUCUUCAGUAAAGGCCAGGCUAAAUCUCUCAACUAUGGUGGCAUUGGCAUGGUAAUCGGUCACGAGAUCACACAUGGCUUUGAUGACAAUGGUCGUAACUAUGAUAAGGAUGGUGACCUGAAGGACUGGUGGACACCAGACUCCACUCAGAGGUUCCUGGAGCUGUCAAAGUGCAUUGUCAAUCAGUACAGCAACUUCUCCUGGGACCUGGCCGAUGGACUUCAUUUAAAUGGUAACAACACCCUCGGGGAGAACAUUGCUGACAAUGGAGGGAUACGACAGGCAUAUCAGGCCUAUAAAAACUAUGUGAAAGAGAAUGGAAACGAGCCACCACUGCCUGGCAUUGACCUUUCCCAUGAUCAACUCUUCUUCCUCAACUUUGCUCAGGUGUGGUGUGGAACAUACCGGCCAGAGCAAGCUGUUAAUUCCAUCAAAGUAGAUGUACACAGUCCAGGGAAAUUCAGAGUGCUGGGCUCCCUUCAAAAUUUCCCAGAAUUUGCCAAAGCAUUCAGCUGCAACAAGGGCAGCUACAUGGUCCCUGAGAACACCUGCCGUGUGUGGUGAUCCACAGACCUCUGGGAUUGGGACUGUUAUCAUGUGGAUGGUCCCUGUUCUCUCACAGUACCUCUCCCCACUGACUGUUGGAGCACUUGUGCAGGACUAUAGGGAAGUGGAAGCUAUUGUUAGCUCUUUACUGGAAGGACCAGGGCUGGUGGACUGAUACUGCAGUAUGCACUUCCCCCAAGGAAUGCAGUGGAGUGUACCCUGACGGACAGACGGAGCACUGUCUCUCCAACUCUGAUACCGUAGUUCAUUCAAUCAGCCUGAUUAUUCUGCUACUCACUGAAUGAAAUCCCUCCUUGUCUUUUUGAUUUUUCUUCUUUCCAUUUUCAUCUUGUUUUAUUGUCUGUUGUGAGUCUGCCAAUGUGUGUUUGAGUGUGUUACAGGCAGAAUGCUGGACAAGUUGUUGAAGAAAAGGGUAGACAGACAAAUGUGCUCAAACCCACUGACAUAUGAAUAAACCACACACCUACUCACACUUAUAUACAUGUAACAGGGCUGAACCACUGUACUGUAUGUGGGAUUGAGCUGUAUGCCUCUCAUAAAGCCUCUGGUUUCUGGUUCUGGGUUGUUUCAGCCUUCAUCUACAUACACUCUACAAUGUACUUGUAAUGUACUCUUUGUUAAUACGUGGGACUAGUUUAGCUAAAUUAUUACAGAAAAGAUUAUUUUGUUGAAAACACCAGUAAAUAUUUAAUCGUAAUCACAUAUUAUGUAAUACUGUUCUAUAUUUAAUGUUAAUGAUUUAACUGCAGUUGACAGGUGGCUGCUGUUCAUUAGCAGUAUGUCAAAUAAACCAAAACGACGUUUUUGCCUUUAAGAUGACAGCUGGUCAUGAAUCAUUGAGCUGACAAUCGACAGACACCAGACCUUUUUUGUACGUUCACUGAACCUCCUGUGUGUUUCUGUGUGGAUGUCGCUGUGUGUUUUCCAGUCUUUCUAAGUCAUUAUGAUCGCUGCCCACUGUUUGUCAAGCAAACUGGUAUGCCUUACAUCAGCGGUCUCCAACCUUUUAUGCACCACGGACUGAAUUCAUGUAAGAUUUUUCCACAGACCAGCCAUUGCACACACAUGAUAAAGCAUAAUAAAGUGCAUAAUAAUACAACUCACCACAACACAGAAUCAGUGAGAGCCCUGAGAUUUUUUUUUUUUUUCUUCCAAAAAACUCCAAAGGCUUGUCUUUUAAUGCAGGGUGCUUGGUCUCUAUGUGGCAAAGCAGUUUUGAAGGCUUUAUGGCUUCGUUGGAUAGCUGAUCUCCACAUAUUAUACAGAGCAGGCUUGGAGUAAGUGAAUCACCUGUAAUAUAAGUGGGACUCUUGGUAUUUUCUUUUAUAUGCAGCUUUCUUUUUGUUGGCAGUCUAAGAGUGUCCUGCUGUCUCAUAAAUGAGCAGCUCUCCAGUGACAUUUGUAGUUUGCAUUUUAGCUAGGGUUAACUUGUGGGCUUAAUUUAUAGGGUAUCAAAACUGUGACAGAGUGUGGGAAGUGUGGGAAAGAGGCACAGAAGUGAUGGGGAGCUGAUUGGGUCAUUUUUCAAAAUAAAACACCCUGCAGAUAUAGUUAAUACAAUGGAAAUAAAAUAGCAGCAAGUGAUCCACGGUCUGGUACUGGUCCACGGCCCAGUGGUUGGGGACUGCUUACAUGAUCUGUUGUGCUACUGUGAGUGAGAAUGUGUACGUUUAUUUGGGGGGGAACAAAGGAUAAGAAAAUGAAACGUUAAAGCAACAUUAUGCAAAAAAUGUGUUUUGGGGUUUUCUUUUAGCAAUUUGGUGCCCUUAAACAUUUUUGAUUGAAAUUAACUGUGCACAUACAUUUGUUGUGAUGACAUUACCUAUGACAAAAAAAAAAAAAAAACAAGAACUUUGCUUACCACAAAUCUAACUGCACAGCCAAAUAUCAAGCAAAUGCAACAACAAAAGACAUAAGAAGCCACCUGACGUUAAUUAGUUGAUGUUGAUAGUCCAAAAACAAGAAGGCCAGCUUGGCAUCUGCCUUGCUUCCUUUUGUUUUGCUGAGCUCUCACCAAUAAGUAAAAGUUAGUCUGAAAUUCAUUCUUUUUUGGACUCUGACUUUGUCACUCUUUCUCAUCUUACCAUAGCUUCGUUGUCUUCGGUCUUUUCGCCUUUGUCAUAAUGGUGUUCACGGAGGCUGCUGAGGCAGUCCACCAAUACCGAUGCCCGCCAGCAUUACCGUUUCUGGGACUGAAAAUCUCCUUCUCCCAGCAAUCCAAAGCUUCUGUACUAGCCCUGUAAACAACCAACACUCCAAUGCUUCUAGCUCCCACUCCAGUUUAGGCUAGCAGCUAACUGUGCCAGCUAUAUAAUGGGAGCAGCAGAUACUUUAGCAACAAGUAAAGCUAAGGUUAUCAGGAAACUGUAAAUGUUGAGAGUUGAGGCAAAGCAGCAAAAGGACAUCAGAGUGAAAACCAGAAAACAUAAAAUUUAUAAGCAAUAUAGUUGGUAUUGUGUGACUUCAUGCCAUAAAGUGUCAUGUACUAUCUACUGGAGAUUGUACCCACUUGCCCAAGUUACAAAGUGCAACAACAGCCAUUUGGGGGUGUAGGAAUGAUAAAGGCAUUGUUUUCUUUAUUACAAGUCAGUGUACCAUCAAAAUUAUUUUAAAGCUGUUGAAGUUGUUUUCAAGUCAAAUAAUUACAUAAUGUUUGACUUUUCACAUUCUUAUAUUCUUUGUUGCGGCAAGUUAAAUGAAGCUAUUUAACUUAACUUAGCAUAAAGACUGAGCUAGCCUGUCUCAGUUCAAAGAAUUGUAUAAUUACAAUGUAAACUUUUUUAACCUGUAUGUGCUUAACUGUUUUUGGCUGGGUGUCCACGAGUUGCCUGGCAGCAAAAUCGUGAUAACAAGACCUUAGGAAACCUUAAUGUAUUGCGUGAACUGUUGUGCUGUAAGUGUGUAGCUAUACCUGAUUCUAGUCUUUAUGCUAAGCUAAUGUCACCACCUCCUGGCUGUAGCUGAUGUUAACUGGCUGAUAGAGUGGUAAUGAGAGUAUCUAUUUUCUCAGUUAAUUUGAAAGUGAGUAGGUGUAUUUCGCAUUAUGUUGAACUAUUACUUUGAGAAAGGUUUGUGAUGUCAUAGCUGGUUUAAUCACAUGAAAGGCACCAUAAUAUCCAUCUUUUUUAUGAUUAUUUUCCACACUGAAGUAAAAACAGUUGACAGAAGAUAUAAUUAAGCUUUUGAAAAGGAAUGUGUUUAUCCUAUCUAUUUUAAACUUACAGAGUAUUUGCCGGACCCUAAUGGACUUUUCAAAAGUGCGUGCAUUUUUUCUGAAUGCAGAAGGAUGUAUGAAGUCUGCGGAUUCCAGUAUAGGAUUCAUUGUUUUGUAUGGCUAUAUUUUCUAUGUUAAAAUGUAACCGAGGUUGUGAUAUAAGGUCAUUAAUUGUGGAAAUUUUUGCCUUUGCCUAUUCUACAGAAAUUAGUGAAAUGAAUGAUGUAUACCACUUCUUCAGACUGUAUACCACACCCUCCAUGUUUAACCGUUAUACAUUGUUAUUUCCACGUAACUUGUACGCGUCAUUGUUUGUGCAGGCUUCCUCUCUCUGUCAGUCACUCACUCCCUCAGGCUUUCUUUCUUUCUGCCUCUCUCUCUCUCUCUCUCUCUCUCUCUUUCUCUCUCUGUCUCUCACACACUCCACCUGUAGAAAGACAGAUAUACCUCAGUUGCCUGUAUUUAGAUACUUUAUAAUAAUAAUAAUAAUGAUAAUCAUAAUGAGAAGCAGUUUUUUUUUUCUUUUAAAAUAAAUCUUUAAAUAACA